UGUAUAUCUAUUAUUCCAUUUGGUGAUCUGGUUUGUUUCAACGUUCCUGAUCCACCAAACUCUAUUGAUGGCAUCCACCUCCAAUUUAACCCAACCCACAUCAAGUCUCACAAACACACUCGUCUUCCAUACACGUCCCGCCCAAGCACGGAUACCCGUGUAUAAUCUCAUGGCGAAUUCAAAAUACGAAUACGUCAAGGCAUUUGAGCAGGAUGACAGCCUGCUUCCAAAUACCUGGAUUGUUGUCCGCAUAGAUGGACGAGGUUUUCAUAGGUUUUCCGACCGAUAUCAGUUUCAAAAACCAAAUGACGAGCGUGCGCUCAAUCUCAUGAACACCGCUGCAUGCGCCGUUAUGAAAGACCUCCCUGGCUUAAUCAUCGCAUAUGGCGUCAGUGAUGAAUACAGCUUUGUUUUCCACCGGAGUUGUCAGCUAUUUGAGCGGAGAAGUAGCAAACUCGUGACUACAAUUGUAUCGACAUUUACUGCUCAUUACAUAUUCAACUGGUCAUCUUUUUUCCCGACUACGCCGCUAGAACCCGGAUUUCUACCUUCAUUUGAUGGAAGGGCCGUUCAAUAUCCGAGUGUACAGAAUUUGAGGGAUUAUAUGAGUUGGAGGCAGGCUGAUUGUCAUAUAAACAACCUCUACAAUACUACGUUCUGGAAUAUGAUUCUGCGUGGUGGAAUGAGUAAUACAGAAGCAGAAAAGGCGUUGCAGGGCACGGUAUCCGGUGAUAAAAAUGAAAUUCUAUUCUCGAGGUUUGGCAUAAACUAUAAUAAAGAACCAGAAAUGUAUAAGAAAGGUAGUGUGAUAUUCAGAGAUUACGAAAUCCAACCUCAAACAGAAAAGAAGGCCGGUGGUGAGUCCAAAGACAUAGAAUAUCAAGUCGGAGAAGAAGAGGGCCCACCGGCAGAAAUGACGAAAUCCCAAAUGGCGAGGGUACGAAAAAUACAGAAAAAGGCCACGAUCGUGGUGACGCAUCUGGAUAUUAUCAAAGAUGACUUUUGGGAUCAGCGGCCGUGGAUUUUAUCGAAUACGCCCGGUAGGCUCUCUGGGAAAGGGUGAAAAUUUUUGAUUUCUCCAUUCGUGUAGAGUAGGCGGAUGCAAUUACGAAUAUAAUUGACAAAAUAAAUACCUAAACAAAUAGGGGGGUAUCAUGAGAUCUAUUGCUCGCGCAGAAAAUAAUGAUUGGAGCACGCCAAAAAGAAAACCAGGCCAAAAUCAUAUCCGUCCACGUCCAUUUCAAAUCGCUGUAUUGGUUUCGGGGUCAUACUCUUUUUUAAGGUAUGCCUUAUUCGUACUGGCAAGGAGUAGGCAUCCCGUAUGUUCAAACAUAGUUCCCGAGCUCUCGUUUGAGUGGGUUAGGCUGAGGGUAUAAACAUGAGCGCAAGAAGGGCAGGUUCCACUCCUUAUUACCAUCAUUCUCUCCGCUUGGAUUUCUUCUCCUUGCGCUUCAACUCUCGACGCGCUCGCUUCUCCUCUUUCUUCAGCUUUUUCUGUUUCUUUCGUACUUUUUUCUCCGAUAUCCCAUCUUCAUCAGCCGGUUCAUUGUCUCCUUCUCUUUCGCCUUGCGAUAGCGAAUCGGGAUCAGCAUCUUCUAACUUUUGCCGCUUCUUCCGUCUCUUCUUAUCUGCACGAGCAUCCGAAGAAUCUUCUUCUAGCUUAGCGGUUCCUUUCUCUUUAUUCCUCUCCUUCCUCUCCUUUCUCCUCCGCCUCCUUUCCUCUUUCGAUUCCACCGCCAGCCCUGCAUCCUCAGCGACCCCUCCCUCACUAGAAUCUCGCUCAUCUGGCUUGCACUUCUUCCGUCUCUUCUCCCUCUUCAAAGCCCUCUCCUCCCUUUCCUCCAUAUCGGCGUCAUUCUCAUCGCUUCGCUUCCUUUUCCCAUUUUUCUCUCCUCUCCCAGGAGCAGUAGAAAUCUCGCAACCACCCUUCACCUCCUUGCCUUCAUUAAUCAUAACCCUAUCAAUCGUCCCUUCCAGCGGCUCCCCUUUCACAAAAAAGCGAUAUAACUCGCUCGACCCACUAGCGGCUGAGCCAGAUCCAUCGGACUGGGGCGUCGCACUCCCAUCAUCACCAACCCCCUUCAAUGCCGCCUCGAAUCCACGAAGCCACCACUGGUUCGUAUGGUCGUGUGUCGUCUGCUUCCCUAGCCCAUGGGUGUUCUUUUUCCGCGCGACCAGGAUGGGUUUGGUUAGGCCGAGGCCGCCGUGUGGACCCGGACGUCGGUUGGGGUUUAGAGGGUUGCCCGGGCCAGACCAACCCUGGCCAAGGAGAUAUGCGUGCGUAUCCAUUGAAUUAUUGUAUUUUAUCCAGAAGUCAGCGUCGGCUUGGGAAGGAAGGGCUGCGGCGUAACAGUUUCGCGCGUGUUGCCCGACUCGAGAUAGAUCAAAAGAUCCUGAGUAGUAGGAAACGAGGCAUCGAGAAGGGUCUAGGAAUAGAAUACCCUCCUUUCAGAUAUAUAACCAGUGCAUGGCGAGCUGCGGGCUUCUAAU